AUGGCAGCAGCCAACGGUCGUCUGCUACUACCAGCACCAACACCAUCGACGGGGGCUACUCAUCAGCAGCAGCAGCAGCAACAAAGUCCGGCGCAACAGUCAAGUACCGUUUACCAGGGUGCCAGCAAUGGCGCCACGAACGCAGCGACACCACCCUACGACACUACCGCGGCCAUAUUUCGCGAUCGAAGCAUAGAAGAAACGGAAGCCGCACAUGAUUUAUUGUCACUGUCGCAGAGCUUACCACCCCUGACGGCACCGUGCGUCGUAACGAUACUGCAUCCGCCAACCAGCUCAACCGGCGGCAGCAACAGCAACAGCAGCCAGCCACAGCCACCGGUGGACAUUACUUCCCCGGGCCGGUGCUUUAGUCCCUUCAGCAGCAGCAGCAGCCAGGCCAAUGUCAUCGUCGGCAAUGGUACAGCGGCACAUACACACCAGCAGCAACACUUCCUCGACCAGCAACCGGGCGAGCCCGGCAUCAUCAGCAUCAGCGUUGGUGCGUCCCCGGGAAGCUCGGUCACUGUCGGCGCAACAGCGGCCACGGCUAAUUACCAACCGUGUCCGCCCGGUCCGAUCUCGAUGAUAAUACCCUGCUACGAGCUGGCCAGUGGGCCGGUUGCGCCCGAGCGACCAGCAUCCGGCUGUACGCUCGACUCACUAGCGGCCAGCGAUGGCGAUAGUACGACGACGACGACGAUAAAGGUCAUCUCACCGGUGGUGGUCACCGGUCCCACUGGUCCACUAACACCGCCAACCUCGGAGCAUUCGUCCGAUACCGAGUGUUCAUCGAGCGGAACGCCCGGUAGUUCCGGCUCACCGGGCGGCUCCGGUGUGUUCUCCUUCCACAAGCUGGCAACAGCGGCGGUGGCGGCGGCAGCGACGACGACAUCGAAUGGUCCUGCCAGUAAGAUCCCGGCCCUGGCGACGGCCGCUGGAUCCAAUAAGGCGGCCGAACUGUACACCUACGAUGAUCUCAUUUCGAGCGAUGGCCGCUCGAAGAAUCGCAAGAAACCGGCCACUAAAGAGGCAAAAGGAGAAGCGAAUGCCGUGGUGUCCAACACGCCAAAGGCUGGUCAUACGACCGGCAAGUCGGUAGCGGCAGCGACGGCAGCGACGACGACCACGACGACUACGUCGACGAGUGGCAACGAAUCGGAUCCAUCGGUGGAAUCCAGCACCGCGGGUUCCGCCGUAGUGAAGGGCAAGUACAAGUGCCCGGAGUGUGGUAAGCAGUACGCGACCUCCAGCAAUCUGUCCCGGCACAAGCAGACGCACCGCAGCCUCGAUUCGCAGUCGGCCAAGAAGUGUGUCACCUGUGGUAAAGCGUACGUUUCGAUGCCGGCCCUGGCGAUGCAUCUGUUGACCCACAAGCUGUCCCACAGUUGUGGUGUUUGCGGGAAGCUGUUCUCGCGACCCUGGCUUCUGCAGGGUCAUCUAAGGUCACACACCGGUGAGAAGCCGUACGGUUGCGGCCAUUGCGGUAAGGCGUUCGCCGAUCGGUCUAAUCUGCGGGCGCACAUGCAGACCCACUCGACGGAUAAGAACUUUGAGUGUAGCCGGUGCCACAAAACGUUCGCCCUGAAGUCGUACCUCAACAAACAUCUGGAGUCGGCGUGCUACAAGGAUGACGAUGGGAACGAUAGCUCCUCGAAUGGGCCCUUCACCUCGCCCGUCACCAUCGUCGGUGGACGGAAGAUCUUCCACAGUAGCCAGGACAUUGAUCGGGAUGAGUACGCGAUGCGAGUGGCCAGCAGUCGGCAGCAGCAGCAGCAGCAACAGUUUCUCAACGAUGACAGCUGCUCCACCACGACGAUUGACGUAGUGACGGCGGAUCCGGAUGAGGAUGAUGGUGAUGAGGAAGAUAUCGAUAUCAUAACGACGUAA